AUGGCCAAGAGCGCAAAGUGGAAUCAGAAAAUAUCUUCCGCGUCUGAACACUCGCCGCUAUAUUAUCACCGCAGGCAAAUAUUGAGUAGCGUGAAGCUUGACCGGCAGUGCGCCCAGGCUUCGGCCUCCCACUUUGCUGUCGUUUGGCCAUAUUGGAAGAAUUGCCAAUCUGUGAAACAAAUUGAGAUCACAAAAAGAAUGCCCAUUGAGCCGAGUUACCAUCAUGGCACCAAGGCGCCUCUGACAGAAACCAAGCUUUUGGCAUUUGAUAGCAUCCGGUGGGAUACUUCCGGCACUAUGUGGGAUGCUUCUGAGCCUCAGCAUGAAAAGCUGGAUGACGGACGCCUAAACCCAGAGGCAAAGAGCCAGACAGGGAGGGACAGACCUUUUGUCUCGGCAACGCACAUUUCCAGUCUCGACAAAACCCCGUCAUCCUCAUCGUUCAACCCCAUUGUACAGUCCUACUCGUCCAUCUCAUUUCACAAUGAAGGCCGCUGCGAUUCUUGCAUUUUUGUACCUCGCUCCUCUGAGUGUUUCAGCCUGGAUCCCGGCUCUGGCCAUAAAUACUGCGUGAACAAGACGACCAACGUCCAGGCGUGUAUUAUGGGCACGCCCAUCACCCAAGCGAAUUGCGCCUCGAGCUACGGUAGUGAUUGGGUUGCGGAAUGUGAACACUACACUGGCGGGUGCCCUCCUGGUAUGACUGAGCACCACCCGUAUGCCGACGAUGAGGUCGUUGAGACUGCUAAUACAGAUGUCUCUAGUGGCACUGUAUCUUCAUUCCUGAAUGUCGUCUUCAUUAGCAAGGCACCACAUCUUUCUGUCUACUUCGCAGAACUGUCCUUCCAGUCCGACAUAGCAAGCGUGUUUUUAGAUCUUCAAGCAUGUUUUAUUUCAAAGCUACUGCAUUCUACCCUGUGUUUCGACCCAGGCGGCCCUGAGUCCAACAACUACCAAUAUCCCAUCAACUACUCAUCAUCGCCAACCCAUCCUGCUCGCAUCCGCCACUCUCCCGUAAGCCAUGUACAAGAAAACAUCCCGUCCCUUGGCAACCCCGGGAGCAGGGUUCACACACAUCGGGACCGAAUCCUCCUUCACGAUGGGCGCCCCCAGAUCAUGCAACACGAGCGACCCCACUCAUCUCGUACAACUCUGCCCCCAAAUCCGAAAGCGAAAACGACGACCCUGCCUGAAACCGCGAAAGGAAAUGAAGCACCGACAAGAACUUGGAGAAUGAAUCACUUGAUCGUGUCGCAUGGUAUGGGUCGUGAGGUUGAGAACUUGAAAAUGAUGAUUGUCAAUGGCAGCAGCGACAUGACAGAGAAUAAUAAUGUUGACUGCGUCCAUGUUCCCAACGCCCAUUGUAUGAACCGGUACCUAUUGUGUCACGAACGAGCCGAUGCUUCAAUCAAUCUCAAGACUCGGUUCCUCAACUUUUGUCCGUUCCAAACCCAACCGCUACCGAAUCUCCUCGAUAGGCCCGUCAAUACCACGCAGCGUACUGGGGUAGUUGAACAGGUCCGGGAUCCGGUGCACACCCUUGAUAUCAUCCGCCUGAGGCGGACAGAGACAAUCUCAUGUCAUCUGGUAUCAUCCCAAUCCAAUAAAGCAAGUAUUCGAUGGCCACCGCUGUUGAAGGUCAAGAGUGAAGUACCCAUCCGAAAAGGAGACUCGAACCCUCGACGCUGCGUUGAGCUCAUCAAGAAUGGGCAACGAAUGAAAGACCAAGAAAGCAAGGCUGUUUUGUUUGUUUUCCCAAUGGCCCCCGAAUGCCCUUCGUAUGCUCGGGAAGUCGCGAAAUCGAAUGGAGGGCCAUGGAUUGUGAAUGACUCUUUGAACGCCUCCCCGCGAUACCAUGGCCGUCCCUGGCCUUUUGGCGUCGAAUGCCAUUGA